AUGUUUCAGGAGGUAGAUUGUGAUGAUCUCAGUGGGCUACUCGAUAUAAAGCAGAUCUAUAUUCAAAACAAAUCUCAACUGGGCACCGGCAACUUCUUCAUGCAACUUCUUCCCCGGGUGACAAUGCUCCUGCAGCCCUCGAAUGACCCUCAAAAUGCCCGGCGCUACAUUUCCUCCCAUUACGAUGAUUCUGACGAGCUGUUUGCAAACUUUCUUUUUCCAGACAUGAACUAUUCCUGUGCCCAUUGGAGCGGGGAUCCCGAUGAGGCCUUAGAGUCAGCACAAAAGCGAAAGGUCCAGCGCCUACUACAGAAAGCUCAGAUAUCAGUCGACCAACACGUUCUCGAAAUUGGUUGCGGAUGGGGAGAUGUAGCCAUCACUGCUGCUCAAACUACAGGAUGUCGAGUGACAGCACUGACCUUAUCCGAUAACCAGAAGAGAAUUGCAGAGAAAAGGGUCAAAGAAGCCGGACUGGAGGAACGUGUUCGAAUCCUUCUUCAAGAUUACCGAUCUGCAACUGGACCUGAAACUAAUGGAGGGUACUAUGAUCGCGUAAUUUCGAUCGGGAUGUUCGAGCACGUCGGUGCAGAAUACCUAGAUGAGUAUUUCCGCGUCAUCAGCUCUCUACUUCAUCCCGGCCAUGGUGUUAUGGUCAUCGAUGGAAUUACCAUGACGCACAAGAUGCGCCAGUCCAAAUCCAGUGUACCGACCUUUAUCGACCGAUACAUCUUCCCCGGGGGUUACCUCCCGACCAUCCAUGCUCUCCUGGGCGCGAUACACAAUGGAUCAAAUGGUGAGUUGGAAGUUACCUCAGUUAUGAACAUUGGACCACAUUAUGGCAAGACGCUUUUAGCUUGGAGAGACAACUUCCUUCGGAAUUGGGAGAUUAUCGAGACAGCGUUCCGGACAGCACAGCCUGAUGCAUCCGAUGAGAAUGUAGAAGCAUUCCGUCGGAAAUGGUUGUAUUAUUUCAUCUACUGCGAGGCAGGCUUCCGCCUGAGGCUGUUAGGUAAUUGCGUUGUUGUUGCGGCGAAGACACCAGAGUUGAGCAUUGAGUACGACGAGACUCUUGGGGAGAUGUUGCAAUAA